CUCGCUGCAGUCUGUUCUGUUCUUAUGAUCUCGCGAUAACUUCAUCUCAGUGGCGGCUGUGUAGCCCCCUGUCUCAGUCCGGACGGAGUUGUUUCUGACGUUUGAAUGAAAAACAGUGCAAAUUACCUCCACUUUGGACCCAGGAAAUAAUGGCUUCAGCCUUGGAGCAGUUUGUGAACAAUGUGCGGCAGCUCUCCGCUCAAGGCCAGAUGACUCAGCUGUGUGAGUUGAUCAACAAGAGUGGGGAGUUGCUGGCCAAAAAUCUGUCCCACCUGGACACGGUGCUAGGGGCCUUGGACAUCCAGGAGCAUUCCCUAGGUGUGCUGGCUGUGCUAUUUGUGAAGUUCUCCAUGCCAAACAUCCCUGACUUUGAGACACUCUUCUCCCAAGUCCAGCUCUUCAUCAGUACCUGCAAUGGGGAGCACAUUAGAUAUGCAACAGACACGUUUGCUGGUCUUUGCCACCAGUUGACAAAUGCCCUUGUAGAGCGGAAACAGCCACUGAGGGGUGUUGGCAUCCUAAAACAGGCAAUAGACAAAAUGCAGAUGAACACAAACCAACUUACCUCAGUUCAUGCAGACUUGUGUCAGCUGUGCUUGUUAGCAAAGUGCUUCAAGCCCGCCCUGCCCUUCUUGGAGCUAGACAUGAUGGACAUCUGUAAGGAGAAUGGAGCCUACGAUGCAAAGCACUUUUUAUGUUAUUACUACUAUGGUGGAAUGAUCUACACAGGCCUCAAAAACUUCGAAAGAGCACUGUAUUUUUAUGAACAGGCAAUAACCACUCCAGCCAUGGCAGUGAGCCACAUCAUGUUGGAAGCCUAUAAGAAAUACAUCCUGGUGUCACUCAUUCUUCAUGGCAAAGUGCAGCAGCUGCCCAAAUACACCUCACAAAUAGUAGGGAGGUUCAUUAAGCCCCUGAGCAAUGCUUACCACGAGUUAGCUCAGGUUUACACCACCAACAAUCCAGCCGAGCUGCGCAGUGUCGUCAACAAACACAGCGAAACCUUCACACGAGACAACAACACAGGCCUGGUCAAACAGUGCCUCUCCUCCCUCUACAAGAAGAACAUUCAGAGGCUAACAAAGACCUUCCUGACGCUGUCUUUGCAAGAUAUGGCAAGUCGAGUGCAGCUGUCCGGACCCCAGGAAGCAGAGAAAUAUGUCUUACACAUGAUCGAAGAUGGUGAGAUAUAUGCUAGCAUUAACCAAAAGGAUGGUAUGGUCUGCUUCCACGACAACCCCGAAAAAUACAACAACCCAGCAAUGCUCCACAAAAUUGACCAAGAGAUGUUGAAAUGUAUAGAACUGGAUGAGAAACUAAAAUCAAUGGAUCAAGAAAUCACAGUAAACCCACAAUUUGUGCAGAAGAGUAUGGGAUCGCAGGAGGACGACGUUGGUAGCAAAACAUCAAGUUAUUCCUGAGGGGCCUUGGACAGGGAGAGAACGCUACAGCCACCCAACACGUUCUUCCCAGGAUGAGUUGGAUUUUUUUAAGAGGAAAAACAAACAUUCUAUUGCAUAAGGACAUUGGUCAAGGAAAAUCUAAUUGUGUGGAAUGAUGAUAAAUUUGGAUAUUCUUUCUUCACAGUGUCUUAAGGAUAACAACGCACCCUUACAGAAAAUGGGAAAAAAAGAUUACAAUUUUGUCAGUGUUUUAUUUAUCAAUGUUCAGGUUGGAGCGCCACUGCUACAUUAACAGAAACCACAAUAAUAAAAACUGGACUUAUUUGUUCCAAACGUGUGAA